CCCUGCAGUCUCAUCAAGACAACAUGGCAUUCAAGGUAUUCGCACUGGCCGCCCUUGUGGUCGUCGCCAUCGCCCGUCCAGAUAGCCCGCCUACCUAUGGCUACUCUGCUCCCACUCCCUCUUAUGCACCACCCGCAAAGUACGACUUCAACUACGCCGUCAACGACCCAGCAUCUGGCAACGACUUCGGACACCAGGAAGCCCGUGAUGGCGACCACACACAGGGAUCCUACUACGUCCUUCUUCCCGACGGUCGUCUGCAGAAGGUCACCUACACCGUCAACGGAGACUCCGGUUACGUGGCUGAUGUGACCUACGAGGGAGAGGCUCAGUACCCCACCCCACAGGCUUCCUAUGGACCUCCUCAGCCCUCCUAUAAGCCGCCCACCCCCUCCUAUGCAUAAAGUAUGAUAACUAGGGUAAUUAACAAUCUUAUAUCUUUAUAUUCCAUGUUCUCCAUGGAUAUUUAUUGACUAGGAUAUAUGCAUAUGUUACUUAUUAAAAAAGCAGACUUGA